AUGAAGCGGUUCUCAGCAAGCGAGUUUCGUGGGCCCCACCAUUCGGAACUAAAAAGAGUUAAAUCAGUAGCUUUUCGGUGGUGGCCUAAAGGUGGACACGUGUUAUACUUGGAAGUGAGUGGGGGUAGGUUGUACGGUGACAUACAUGAACCAUCAUAA